GCAUGCAGGAUUUUAACUACCUGAGCAGUAAUUGUUUUGAGAUAACUCUGGAGCUGAGCUGUGACAAGUUUCCUGCUGAAGAAACACUGAAGACUUAUUGGGAGGAGAACCGCAACUCCCUGGUCAAUUACAUAGAGCAGGUGCAUCGUGGUGUGAAGGGCUUUGUGCGUGACCUUCAGGGCGGAGCCAUCUUUAACGCCUCCAUCUCAGUGGAGGGCAUCGACCAUGACAUCACUACAGCUAAGGACGGAGACUACUGGCGUCUCCUGGCAGCAGGGAACUACAAGGUAUCUGCUUCGGCUCCUGGUUACCUGACUGUCAUCAAGAAGGUGGCUGUCCCCUACAGUCCUGCUAUUAGGGUGGACUUUGAGCUGGAGUCCUUGGUGGAGCGGAAGGAAGUUGAAAAAGAGGAACUGAUGGACUGGUGGAAGAUGAUGUCAGAGACACUCAACUUCUGAACACUCUGAUUGGUCCACAGGGCCACCGGCACGUCUGUGAUUGGUUGACAGGUUGAUCGACGUGUGCGUCUGCAAAUGGAUGUACUAUAUUGUGUGUUGUCCCGCACCUCUGUACAGGUCUUCUCUUGAUUUGAGUUUUUCUGUGUUUAUUUACAUUUUGGUUUAAUGGUUAAUGUUGUUGUCAGGGGUUACCCCAUUCCAGGGGGCUCCAACCCUUUUCUAGCAUGCGAACUACACUUUAUUAACCUAGCUUUCCCCUCUUCUCCCCUACAACUCUUCCCCUGGUCCUUAGUGUACUAGAGGAAGUAGUGGUCAUCUCUUCCCCUGGUCCUUAGUGUACUAGAGGAAGUAGUGGUCAUCUCUUCCCCUGGUCCUUAGUGUACUAGAGGAAGUAGUGGUCAUCUCUUCCCCUGGUCCUUAGUGUACUAGAGGAAGUAGUGGUCAUCUCUUCCCUGGUCCUUAGUGUACUAGAGGAAGUAGUGGUCAUCUCUUCCCCUGGUCCUUAGUGUACUAGAGGAAGUAGUGUUAUCAUCUCUUCCCUGGUCCUUAGUGUACUAGAGGAAGUAGUGGUCAUCUCUUCCCCUGGUCCUUAGUGUACUAGAGGAAGUAGUGGUCAUCUCUUCCCUGGUCCUUAGUGUACUAGAGGAAGUAGUGGUCAUCUCUUCCCCUGGUCCUUAGUGUACUAGAGGAAGUAGUGUUAUCAUCUCUUCCCUGGUCCUUAGUGUACUAGAGGAAGUAGUGGUCAUCUCUUCCCCUGGUCCUUAGUGUACUAGAGGAAGUAGUGUUAUCAUCUCUUCCCCUGGUCCUUAGUGUACUAGAGGAAGUAGUGGUCAUCUCUUCCCCUGGUCCUUAGUGUACUAGAGGAAGUAGUGGUCAUCUCUUCCCCUGGUCCUUAGUGUACUAGAGGAAGUAGUGUUAUCAUCUCUUCCCCUGGUCCUUAGUGUACUAGAGGAAGUAGUGGUCAUCUCUUCCCCUGGUCCUUAGUGUACUAGAGGAAGUAGUGUUAUCAUCUCUUCCCUGGUCCUUAGUGUACUAGAGGAAGUAGUGGUCAUCUCUUCCCUGGUCCUUAGUGUACUAGAGGAAGUAGUGGUCAUCUCUUCCCCUGGUCCUUAGUGUACUAGAGGAAGUAGUGGUCAACUCUUCCCCUGGUCCUUAGUGUACUAGAGGAAGUAGUGGUCAUCUCUUCCCCUGGUCCUUAGUGUACUAGAGGAAGUAGUGGUCAACUCUUCCCUGGUCCUUAGUGUACUAGAGGAAGUAGUGGUCAUCUCUUCCCUGGUCCUUAGUGUACUAGAGGAAGUAGUGCACUGUGUUUCCUGUCAAUAUACCUGGUUAAUGAUGGAUAAUAAACAGCUCUAAGACCCUA